GGGAUCAUAUAAGCGUGGGCUUCCGGGGGUUCUUUUCUUCCGAGACACUCACCCGUGCAGACCACCCGCGACAGCACCCACCGCUCACCCACCAAGCAAAGAAACACACGCGCAACCGCGCAACGACUGCCUGUCCGCCCCGCGCGCUCGCGGUGGUCAGUGGUCACCAUGGACGCGCCGAGCGCCACCGCCAAGCGCAAGCGCUCCUCCUCCGCCGCCGCAGCCGCCCCGGCCCCCGUCGGCGUCGACGACGUAUCGGACGCCGAGGUCGAGGAGUUCUACGCCAUCCUGCGCCGCAUGCGCGACGCCUCGCGCCGGCUCGUCUCCGGCGGGGUCGCCGCGGCCACGGCCCGCGCCGCCCCGGCCCCGCGCGCGCCGGCCUGGUGCCCCAGCUUCUCCUGGGAGGACUUCGCGCCGCCCGCCCCGACGCCGCCUCCUCCCUCGCAGCAGCAACAGCGGGAGCCCGCCGACGAGCGCGUCGCCGAGAACGGCACGCCGCCGCGGCGGCCGGUCCUCCGCGGCCUCGACCUCAACGCCGAGCCGGAGCCGGAGGUGCAAGCCUAGAGUAGAGCCGCACGGACGACGAGGACCCCUGGCCCGGGCGCGCCCGCCCCCGCAGCUCCGCGUGCACGCGCGCGCGCUGGCCGGCGGCGACACUCUCUCCGCUGUACCACCGCCCACCGCCCGGCCGGUGCUUAGCGAGCUGAUCGCCGUCAUCAUUUGUUAGUUACCUUACCAGUGGUAAUUCGGUAUGUUUAAACCAGCACUACUACUGCUGCUGCUGUAGUACGACUACUUACUUUAAUUUCUUCAGAAACGUGCGUGCACAUGGAAGGGUUACUGCUGUACCGUUGCUUCAUUAUUCGUGCCUGCUUAUAAUGGGAGAUGCUUAGGGAAGGUGCUUAGAGAAAUAAACCAGACUUUUUUUAGCACCGGUGCCUAUUUGUACAGAAGAGACGAUUAACUAAGCAUCUCUCCUGUA